AUUUGUACAUUGUUUAAAAUAUUGUAUAUAUUGCAGGAGUGCUUCCUACCGGAUGCCGUGAUUUCCUUUCCCCGUCAAGGACCUACUGUGGUGUUUGUCUUCACCCGCGCCUGCAGUGGAAAAAAAAAAAGCGAUGCUUCGAGUCUGGCAGUACCUCUGCAGACCCACCAGAUGGCGACUGUGGGAAGGAUGCCGAGCAGGACGAGAGAGGAAGAACUCCGUCAGGAGGGGUCAGGGCUUCCUGUAUGUAGGACCCGUCCGGAACAAUGCACAUGCGAGGAGGUACUUCUCUGCUGCAAAGGGUUUUUGGGGCUCGGAUGAAAAAAAAGAAAUCCGCGUUAGGAGCAGCCACCGGGUGCAUGACCUACUGUGGUGUUUGUCUUCACAAGAGCCUGCGGUGGAAAAAGAAAAAAAAAGUGAUGCUUCGAGGCUGGCAGUACCUCUGCAGACCCACCAGAUGGCGACUGUGGGAAGGAUGCCAAGCAGGACAAGAGAGGAAAAACUCCGUCAGGAGGGGUCAGGGCUUCCUGUAUGGAGGACCCGUCCGGCACAAUGCGCAUGCGAGGAGGUACUUCUCUGCUGCAAAGGGUUUUUGGGCCUCGGAUAUAAAAAAAAGAAAUCCGCGUUAGUAGCAGCCACCGGGUGCAUGACCUACUGUGGUGUUUGUCUUCACUCGAGCCUGCGGUGGAAAAAAAAAAAAAGUGAUGCUUCGAGGCUGGCAGUACCUCUGCAGACCCACCAGAUGGCGACUGUGGGAAGGAUGCCGAGCAGGACAAGAGAGGAAAAACUCCGUCAGGAGGGGUUAGGGCUUCCUGUAUGGAGGACCCGUCCGGAACAAUGCGCAUGCGAGGAGGUACUUCUCUGCUGCAAAGGGUUUUUGGGCCUCGGAUAUAAAAAAAAGAAAUCCGCGUUAGUAGCAGCCACCGGGUGCAUGACCUACUGUGGUGUUUGUCUUCACUCGUGCCUGCGGUGGAAAAAAAAAAAGCGAUGCUUCGAGGCUGGCAGUACCCCUGCAGACCCACCAGAUGGAGACUGUGGGAAGGAUGCCGAGCAGGACGAGAGAGGAAGAACUCCGUCAGGAGGGGUCAGGGCUUCCUGUAUGGAGGACCCGUCCUGAACAAUGCGCAUGCGAGGAGGCCCGAACGGAGAUAUCUCCUGGGGGCCAAUGAAUCACAGACCUUGAGGCCAGGGAGACAGACUAAAUUACAU